AUGUCGGGGCGUGGGUGGGUGAGGGACGCGGUGGCGCUGACACUCCUGAACGGGUGCUACGUGGUGGGUCCGCUGGUGCUUGUGGGCCUGCCCGUGUGGCUCCUGUUCACCCCAUGGUGGUGGCUAGGCGUGGGUCUCAUCACCGCCUAUCUCUACCUCUCCUUUGACGGCUCCGAGCGCAGGCUGGGCAAGCCCUGGCGUUGGUUCCAUGACCACGCGGUGUUCAGGUACCUGUUCGACUACUUCCCGUGCAGCGUCGUCAAGACUGCCGAGCUUGACCCGUCCAAUUUCCCGGGCAUCGAGACCCGCGACUUGGUGGCCUCCUCCGCAUUCAAGAUUCCGUUCAUUCGCGACUUGUGGCUGUGGACGUCGUGUGUCGACGCCUCGAAGCCGGUGGCCGCCAACGUGCUUCGCCACCACUUGUCCGUGCUUGUGUACCCCGGUGGCGAGGCCGAGCAGAUCAGGACCGAGUACGGCAAGGAAAACAUUCAUCUGAAGUCGCGUAAGGGCUUCGUUCGGCUCGCCAUGGAAGAGGGCGCCCACCUCGUGCCUAUCUACGUAUUUGGUGAGACCUCCCUCUACAAGACCUACUCGUGGGGCAUGCGAUGGCGCAUGUGGGUGUCGAAGCGGUUCCGGGUGGCCGUCGUGCGCUUCAUGGGCCGAUUCCUCGCGGCUCCCUACGCCGUGCCGCUCACGGCCGUAGUGGGCGAGCCCAUACUAUAUAGACAGAUCCGCCGCCGCGAAGGAGCUCCCUGCUUCCAGGACGAUCCCCUUCCAGACCUCGGACCCCGCCCCACGGACGAUCAGAUCAAGGCCUGGAUCGUCCAGAACGGUCAUGCGUCCCUCCUCCUCACACGCACUACGCUCAACAUCAAUCAUAAGCGGGCUCGACGUCUUACAAGCGAGGUUAUCGAGGAGUACUUCGAGCAACAUGCACGUGUCGAACCCACCGAGCACGACAAGCAAAAGAUCGCCGGCUUCUUCGACGGUGAUGGCUCAGUCAUUGUCCACAUCGGAAGUUUGGGUGUGCGAGGCGCGAUACGGAUCGACUUCACGCAGGCUUGCGCGGCCGGAGAGGCGCCGGAGCUCGAAUGGAUUGUCCAGCGCUGGUCGGUUGGAGUUAUCCGCAAGAGCAAGCAGAAGCCACCGCUGAGGAAUCUAUACUCCCUCAACUUCACCGUCGCGUCGCCCGACCACCCGCUGCUCCAGGUCCUCCUCGCCAACUCCGUCAUCAAGUACGCCGAGCUCAGGACGGCUGAGGAGUUCCUACGCUCAGAUCGGAGGAGGCCGACCACCGACGAGUACAAGGCCCGGCUGCGUGGUCAACGUGACCGAAACCACGAGGACCAUCAGUGGGAGCGCGUGACCGCGGCCUAUGUCGCCGGGCUAACGAUCGCCGAGGGCAGCUUCUCUCUUCGUAACAUCAAGAUCUGCCAAGCCGGGUGCAUUCCGCUUCUUCACCAGAUCAACGAGAAGUUCCCGUGGGGCGGUCGCGUCGGUCAGAACUCGAUCUUCUGGGGGAACAGGUCGAACAUGCUGUCCUACAUCGACACCAUCGGCCCGUUCCUCGACUUUGGCCAGAAGGUGCCCCAACGCAACCUGUUGGCUGCUCACUUACGCGACACGGAGUAUAUGAAGCGUGGAUCGGUUUGGCGGCAGAAGUACGACGAAAGGAAGAAACAGAUGUCCGCCCUAAAGCGCCUCUAA